UGACUACCAGAAAUGUAUCAAAACAUGAGCUAGUUAGCUGGUUACGCACGAGCGUGUCCUCCCACCUAAAAUAAUACUACAGACUACUCUGUCAAAUAAUAUACAUUGAUUAUACACAUGUUUGGAUACCUGUGCUUUACGUUAUAGUUAGGCAGUUCGCUAGCUAGCUAACGUUAUAUUCUAAAAAUAUUAAAUUGUCUGCGUUGGAAGAGGUAGACAGACGAGCUGUGUGGGAGGAGGCCAUAACCAGGACGAGAGCGAAGUCGGAGAGGCCGCUUGACACCUGAGGGGAGGGCAUCGAAACGCCAGCCGCAGCCCGGCCUGAGACACGGGUAGCAGGAUAGGGAAGCAGAGCGGAGAGGCCGCCGCCACAGCGGGGCCGGCGGACAAGAUGGAGGGCAGCCCUGAGAAGAGUGUCUCAGCGCAGGAGUGGAAGGAGCAGGGCAACCGCCUCUUCCUCAGCCGCAAGUACCAGGAGUCGGCCGCCUGCUACAGCAAAGCCAUCAAGCGAAACCCCUCAGUAUCUGUGUACUACACCAACCGGGCACUGUGCCACGUGAAGCUGCAGCAACACGACAAGGCCCUGGCCGACUGCAAGCAGGCACUGGAGCUGGAUCCCCAGUCAGUCAAGGCCCUCUUCUUCCUGGGUCAGUGUCACCUGGAGAUGGAGAACUACGACGAAGCCAUCGGCAACCUGCAGAGAGCAUAUAACCUGGCGAAAGAGCAACGGUUGAACUUUGGCGACGACAUUCCCAGUGCCCUCCGGAUAGCCAAGAAGAAGCGCUGGAACAGCAUCGAGGAGAAGCGCAUUAACCAGGAGAAUGAGCUGCACGCCUAUCUCACCAAACUCAUCCUGGCAGAGAAGGAGAGGGAACUGGAUGACAGCAGAGAGGAACACGACGCCAAGUCGGAGGAAUGCAGAAGCCGACACGACCUCACUAAGUUCCCCUCCAAACACGACAAGCACCUGUCAGACAUGGAGGAGCUCUUCUCUCAGCUGGAUGAGAAGAGGAAGAAGAGGGAGAUCCCAGACUACCUGUGUGGAAAGAUCAGCUUUGAGUUGAUGAGGGAGCCCUGCAUUACACCCAGUGGGAUCACUUACGACCGCAAAGACAUCGAGGAGCACCUACAGCGAGUUGGCCAUUUUGACCCGGUGACACGCAGCCCUCUGACUCAAGACCAGCUGAUCCCUAAUCUGGCCAUGAAAGAGGUCAUCGAUGCUUUCAUCAUGGAGAAUGGAUGGGUGGAGGACUACUGAAGGAGGGAGGGAGAGAGGGGGGAGUUGGAAUCAUUCCAAAAGAAGAACCAGACAUAAAAAGACGACAACAAACCAAACAAGUAUGAUCUGCACUUUAAAGCUGAGGCAACACCACCGACUUACAUACCUUCACUAGGACUGAGACUACACCAGACUGACAUACCUUCACUAGGACUGAGACUACACCAGACUGACAUACCUUCACUAGGACUGAGACUAUACCACAGACUGACAUACCUUCACUAGGACUGAGACCACACCACAGACUUACAUACCUUCACUAGGAGUGAGACUACACCACAGACUGACAUACCUUCACUAGGACUGAGACUACACCACAGACUGACAUGCCUUCACUAGGACUGAGACUACACCACAGACCUACAUACCUUCACUAGGACUGAGACUACACCACAGACUGACAUACCUUCACUAGGACUGAGACUACACCACAUACUGACAUACCUUCACUAGGACUGAGACUACACCACAUACUGACAUACCUUCACUAGGACUGAGACUACACCACAUACUGACAUACCUUCACUAGGACUGAGACUACACCACAUACUGACAUACCUUCACUAGGACUGAGACUACACCACAUACUGACAUACCUUCACUAGGACUGAGACUACACCACAGACUGACAUACCUUCACUAGGACUGAGACUACACCACAGACUUACAUACCUUCACUAGGAGUGAGACUACACCACAGAUGACUGAGACUACACCACAGACCUACAUACCUUCACUAGGACUGAGACUACACCACAGAUGACUGAGACUACACCAGACUGACAUACCUUCACUAGGACUGAGACUACACCACAGACUUAUACUAGGACUGCCAUUAAAUCUCCUGUUGAUCUAUACAUCUCUUUCUGUUUCCAUCCUUGUCCCCCCAUUUAUUUUAUUGUGUCUCUCAGCUGCUCCUACUAAUCAGACACAACAAUCAGGACACGCUAGCAAACAUUGCAUCGAAUCAGAUCACAUCAUCAAACAACAGGACCCAAUCAGAAUAUAGUACCCAACACCUUGGGCCAAUCGCUUGAACGUUACUCUCAGAACAACCAAUCAUAUUGCAGACUCCUAAACCUAAUCACAUCCUAGACCUCGAGUCUACAAGUGCAGCGAUUGACCAAUCAGGGCUAAAUGUACUUUACUUUUGGUGAUGCUCCACAACUUGUCUUCUAUUUUAAAUCUCCUUUUCUACGGGGAAGAGGACUGUCUGAGGCACCGCCAUGUUUUCGCCACUCUCCAUUGUAGUCCUCUUGAGUGGCUUGUAGAUGGUCCAAUGUAGUCCUCUUGAGUGAUGGGCCAAUUUUAAACCCAACCUGAUCUCUUACCACCACAAUGCAGCACUUCUCUAUAUCCUCUUGGAGGGCUGAAAAGACUGUAUAAGCACGAGUUGUAUAAUAUAGAAAGAAACCUAAGCCCUCAUCUUCAGUGUUUUGCAGUAUGUAGGGAAGCAGUAUGUGUAAUCAAUAUGAUGAAGAGCAUUCAAGGCUUUGCGCAAAGGGUUGUUUUUUGACCAGGGACGUCUCUAAUGUUGGCGAGCUGAGUUUCCACCAUUUUGUUGCCUCUCAUCUGGCUCAUACAGAGCUGAGCGGUAAUGAAUGAAGAAGUGCGUAGCAGUAGGGGUCAGGGUUGGGGUCAAUUCUAUUUCAAUUCCAGUCAAUUAAUUAAACCCAAUUCCAAAUUUUCUUUAAAAAGAUUGGUUUAAAAUUGUGUGAGUCACAGGUGUGUUUUUGACGGCUGUGUUUAAUUGUAAUGUGUUUUCUCUGGUUUACAUGUCACUGAAUGUUUGCAGGUGGUGUCCUGUCUGUGCCUCAAGUGGAGUUUGAAGUAGAAUAUGGAAGUCAGUCAUCUGAUUGGCUUUGAGAAGGGCUGUCUUCUCCUCAGUAUAACUUACUGCUCGUGGUCUCUUUUGUUUUAAUGAUUCCACGCUUAGAGCCUCAGUCCAAUGGCUGCAAAGCAUGGUUGGGGUCGAUUACAUUUUUCAAUUGUCGAUUUUAGAAUGCAAAUUCAUAAAUUAAAAUAUCCUGAUUUAAAAAAAAAAAAAGUCAUUUUCAAUUUGACCCCUCAACCCUGCUGCAAACAGAUAGUUUCCUCUUCUCAUUUCAGAAAUCAUAUGACCCUGUUUGACUUACCAACUGAAAAGAAUUGAAUGUGAAAUGAACCUGUAUAUUCCUACCCUCUGCUGGAUAUGAGGAUGCACAGUUAUGUUGUGUUAGUCAGUCGUGAGUAUCAAUAUUAUGUGUACAUGUAGGGGUGUGUUUAUGUGGGAUAGGGGUGUGGACAUACUCCUAGGCCCCGACUCCUCCUAAGAGGGGGGUGGGAAUAGUCCAGUUUCUCUGGAGCCUCAUUGGGACUGUGAAUGUUCUUUAUUUCACUGUUGUGCUGUUGUCUACAAGUGUUCCAAUAAAGGCUACAACUUAGA